CGGGAAAUACUUAAGCCGCUAGCUAACGGCUCCCAUAGCACUACAUGUCAUUUUCGUCCGGCAGAAGCCAAGACUUUAGACGUAAUCCGACUAACCUUAGCUUAUCUCGGCGGCAUCUUAGAACUUUUUACCCGGGGUCCACAGAUCAAAGGCUCUCCAAUAAGACCUAACGACCAUAAUUAAGUCAUGUUAGUUUAAGCGUAGGUUUAUGCAUUCACAGUUUGAGACGAACUUUAUGCUGGCACUGGAGAACUUACCUGGUUUCGUUUGAGUAGAUCGCCGACGUUAAGUCAGACUUGUGCAUGUUUGCGUUGAGUGCAUGCAGCCUUUGCAGGUCACUGCCUGACUGCAGUUCAGGAUGCGGCGCUCCUUACGAAUCGGCAAAGAACUGAGUCAGUUGGAGAGAGAACCACCCCCGGGUGUAUCCUGCUGGAUGAAAGAUGAAAAUACCAACCAGCUACAAGCACAAAUAAUUGGCGAUGAGAAGACACCUUAUUCAGAUGGUGUGUUUAAGUUGGAGAUUCAAGUACCUGAGAGGUAUCCGAUGGAGCCUCCAAAGGUCCGAUUCUUGACGCCAAUCUAUCAUCCCAAUAUUGACACCGCGGGCAGGAUUUGUCUGGACUUACUCAAGAUGCCACCUUCUGGAAGCUGGAAGCCAAGUCUAAGCAUCAGUACCUUACUAACGUCUAUCAGACUUUUGGUAUCCCAGCCAAAUCCGGACGAUCCGCUCAUGGCCGAUAUCUCUGCAGAAUUUCUGAGAAACCGUGACUUGUUUGAGCAAAAAGCCAGAGAUCACACCCGUAACCAUGCAAUGCAAAAGACUACAGCUGUGAAUCCGCCCAAUCAAGCCAAGAAUCAAUCAGAUUCUGAUGAGAGCGACCAAUCGGAUUCAUCCUCAGAUGAAAUGGACCAAUCAGAUUCAUCCUCAGAUGAGGGUAAGCCUUCUAGAGGUCAGCUUGCCGCUCAGAAAAGACCAACAGAGGAAGGCAGAACUGCACAACCAGAGGCAAAGAAACUCAAGAGUAGUCCACCCUGAAGCGUGACGUUGAAAAAGUAGAAGACAAUUUGCAAUGUGUCUUUCAGUCCAUGGAAAUUGUUAGUCAGGGAGCUAUGCACUUGGAAAGUUACGUCGGGGCAGCUGGGUAGAUCUGCAAUGGAGGGGAGUUGUUCAUAAUAGGAAGUCAUUCUAUAUUGACGUAAAUUAUAUACUGUCAUUAUUUGUCAUGUUCUAAGCUCCGCCCCAACCUACAUUCCCGCAGAAUUGAGUUACUUUGCAAACAAGUAGCAGUGUUGGAAUCUUCAUAACUGAAAUCAAACUGAAAAUGAUGUGGAUUAUUGUUUAUCCUUGCUAUCACAUUGCUAUCACAUUGCUAUCACAUUGCUAAUCAGAAAUCUUGACCAAUUGGAGACUUACGCAAUCCCUUCAGAGCCAGUUCCCUCUUCUUUUGGCUCAUGAAGAAAGGUUUUUGUACAGCUCAAUAAGAGAUAUUUUCUGCCAUCAUGAAAGCAACAGACUCUUUGAAUAAAGAGACAAAACUUUUCCUUUUAAUUAAUAAUACAAAAAUUUAUUAAAAAUUGGAGGGAAAAACAAUUUAAAUCACAUAAAAUAGGAGUAAUGUUUGUGUAUGUACGUACUUAUAUUUAACCGACAACUGUAAUGUUUCAUGAAAGCACGAAAGGUGCUACAGGUAGGAAAACCAAGCAGUAUCAGCUUUGUGCUUUGCAGAUAUGACGCCAUUGAUAACUACGUUUCCAAAUCCAAAAUACUGUGUACUGCUUCGUAGUGAUGUAUUGACGUUUAUGUUGUAUGUUCUUGAAUUUAUGUAUUUACUGUACUUGCCAUUAUCUGCCCCGAGCUUGACCAAGAGAGGGCGCAAUUUUCCUAGCAACAGGGGCUCCUUUGGUAGGAACUCCACUUUGCUGGGUUACAAGUUGAAAUGCACCUGUUGCGGUCGCGUCACUACCAACAAAUUAGACACACCUGACUAAUAUGGCUCUUUACAACUGAUGGGGGGGUGUCUCUGGUCAAGGCAGAUACCUGAGCCAAGUUCUAUAGAAUAAGCCCUGUGUAAUGUAACUUGGAGUGGAUGCAAUGCUUGGUGUGCACUAAUUCUGGCCUUGCUGUACACUGCUACAAGUUAAUCCUCAUUGGUAACCGGAAUUCUGCCAAAUGAGUCUGAAGUGCCUUUGUUUUCAAAUGUGAUCUGGGAAAACUCUUCACAUGGAGAAAUUUGUCAUUGUGUUAUCUACAAAGAAUUAACAAUGACCCUGUGCUGUAGCCAAAGCUGUUCUACAUAUGUCUAUAAUUGGAGUUAAGCUGUCACAAUCAAUCUUUAAAGUUCAAACAUUCUAUUCAGUUUGCUACCAAAAAAAAAAAAAAUAAAUGCAAGAUUUCAAAUUUUACAUGUAAAAUUUUACAUAUAAAACAACCUAAUUUGUGUUAAUAUUUCAAGAACGACAUUCGAGUCAUUAACGAAAAAAUGAGAGUAAUAUGUCAAAUUAUUAAAAAAAAAAUCUCAAGGACGAUUUUUUCCAUUAUCUUAAAGUUGGUGUUCAAUGUGAAGGGUUUUCACAGAUCACAUCACAAGUUCGUUUCAAUAUCAGCAGCCCGUCUUUAUGAUUUGGCUUGGUUUGGCCUUCUCUUAUAUGUACAGACAUUAUGUAGGUAACAUUAUUGCAGAGGUUCCUACUGCUUACUCUGGUGAAAGGUCUGGUAAGAGGUUUGUAUACUCAGAAGUUGCUCCAGUGAUUUAAGGAUCCCUGUUGUUGGGUUGGGUCACAUUUGCCUCUAUAGGAAAGGCGGCAAACUUUGCAAAUUUAUAAAAACCACCUAUUUAGACAUUUUACAAAGUGUUUUUUUCAGAAUUGACCAUUUCUGUACAAUUUUAUACAAAGUAAAGCAUAAAGAGAUCAUUGGAAA